AUGGGAAUGCCAUACUCCAAACAAGUUCAUGCCGCCUUCGACCAAGUAACACCCUUGGUCGCGGCCGGUUUCGAAGUCCUCAAAACAACAAAGAACAUCGCCAUUCUUCUCGCCGUCAUCCAAGUCCUUGUCGCAAUUGUUCUGACACUCACAUUAUUCGCGAUACUGGCGCUGAUAUACUCUGUUAAUCCGGAUUUGGAAGAGGAGCGACGCGCAAUUGUCACGCCUUGUAUGCAAUGGAUUGCGAGCUGGGUGACUGAAUAUGGGCAUGCGCUGGCUUUGGGAUUAAAGGUUCUUAUUGUGUUGACUACUGGGGGUUUGGGAGUGUUUAUUUGGUGGAAUAGCACGCCGACGUUUCCUGUUUCUGAGGAGCCAGCUGGGCCGGAAGAGGAGGGGGACGAUGGCUUGGAGAACACAGAUAACUUUGAGUAA